UUCUCUUUUCCUUUUUUUUAAAAAUCUUCCCAAAAUCUCGCACUUUGCAUUUGCAUGUUAUUUUCAAUCACAUUCUCCUAAUUGCUUCGUCCAUUUUUAGUCACGUUGAAUAUCGUGGCUAUGUCUGUAGAAAAUUCAUCCACCUCGGUGUCUGUCGCAGAAGGACAAUCCAAGAAUGCCAUGAAGCCCAAAUAUUCUAGAUUCUCACAGCAAGAACUUCAUGCCUGGCAACCAAUUCUAACACCUAGUUGGGCUAUUUCAAUAUUUACGGUUAUAGGACUCAUAUUCAUUCCUGUUGGUCUUGCUUCAUUGUUUGCAUCAGAGAGUGUGGUGGAAGUUCCAUUCCGAUAUGAUGAUGAAUGCCUUCCACCUGAUCAUAAAAAUGAUGCAGUGGCAUAUAUCAAAGACGUUGGGUCAAACAAAACUUGCACCAAGAAAUUGACUGUUAAGAAUAAAAUGAAGGCCCCUGUUUAUGUCUAUUAUCAGCUUGAUAACUUUUACCAAAACCAUCGCCGAUACGUUAAAAGUAGAGAUGAUAAACAACUGAGGAGUAAAGCAGCUGAGAAUGAUGUAGGCUCAUGUAGUCCCGAAGACUAUACACCAAAUGACAUGGGCCAUAAACCAAUUGUUCCUUGUGGCCUUAUUGCUUGGAGUCUUUUCAAUGACACAUACAAACUUACAAGCAAUAACAAGGAUUUGGUGAUCAACAAAAAGAACAUAGCAUGGAAGAGUGACCAAAGUGGGAAAUUCGGGUCCGAUGUUUAUCCAAAGAAUUUUCAGGCUGGAGGUUUGAUUGGGGGUGCUAGGCUUAACGAGAGCUUACCAUUGAGUGAACAAGAGGAUCUCAUUGUUUGGAUGCGGACAGCAGCACUUCCUACUUUCAGAAAACUAUAUGGAAAGAUUGAGACUGACAUUGAAGUUAAUGAUGUAGUGCUUGUAAUAGAGAACAACUAUAAUACAUACGAGUUUGGAGGCAGAAAGAGCAUUGUUCUUUCAACCACAACUUGGGUUGGUGGAAGAAAUAACUUCUUGGGGAUGGCAUACAUUCUCAUUGGUGGGAUUUCCUUGUUAUUGGCCGCAGCUUUCCUACUUCUAUAUGUGAUGCAGCCAAGGCCACUUGGGGAUCCAUCAUACUUGUCUUGGAACAAAAAUCCAGGAAGUCUAAGAUGAUUGGAUUUCAUCUUUUGAAUUGAAUUGUUUAACAAUUCAUUAUUUCCCAUGUCUCAAGAAAGGGAUCUGUCACGAUGCUUGUACUUGGGACUAUCUUCAUGAACUUUUUAAUCUUUGUUGUUUCAUAGAACUUUCCCCACUAUUAAUUAAUUUAUGGGUAGAUAUAAAUCUGUCAUUUGGAGUAUUGCUAA